AUCCGGUCAAUGUUUGAAAAUAAACAUAACAAACUUUUUCUCCCCAAUACAUUGCACUUUACACUAUAACAUUAAACUGAGCGUGUAUAUGGUUAAAUUGUAGCCAAUGUCCUGGCGUACUUGAUUACAAGAAGAUUGCUUUUACCUUCUCGUGAAAUAAGAAGGGAUUACUUGUAGUAUAAAAUCACCUGGGAAACUGUUCGCUAGCCAGUUUGUGUACAAACCCCGUCCUUUACACCACGGGACAAUAAAUUUUAUUUAUUAUUUAUAAACAAAAAAGAAAUAUUUUUAUCCUUUAUUUAAAUUUAUUUAUAACUUUUUUUAUUUAUGUAAAAAUUUUUAACAGUGAAAAUGUUGCGAAUAUUAUUAAUUGUUUCGUCAUAUUUAAUGACUUCUCAUUGCCUCACUGUUAGUGCUGGUUACACAGUGGGAACACGAAGCCGCGAUUACAAUCCAGGAAGCUAUAGUACAUCGGGAGGGUUCGUCGGUCUAUCAUCAUCAGGAUCCUCGCAAAGAUCAUCAUCAUCACCAUCAUCAUCCUCACAAGGAUCAUCAUCACUAUCAUCGUUAUCAAAAGACACCCACGCGGACUUAACGGAUCAAUUAACGAGUAGCGGUAGUUACGGAGGAGCCGGAUCUCAUCGGUACUCAACAUCGACUGGCGGCCACUCUACCAGUGGAAGUGACGAUAACACUCAGGGACUUGCCACCGGGUACUCGUCCUCUAAUACCGAUAACAUAAAUAGUAUCUCCAGUCCAUACACAAAUACCAAUACUAAUACUAAUUCCAAUGACAUAUACACAUCUACGGACGUUAAUCCAUACUCGGGGUCCUCGGACAGCAGUUACGGGAGUACCGGGCAUGGAUCUCAAUCAUUAUCAAAUUAUGCUAGUCAUUCUAUUGGUGCUGACCACAACUCGAUUGACUACAACUCUUACGGUGCAUCAUCAUCUUCAUCCUCUGCGGGCGGUUUUGGCCCGAAAGUUUCUGCUUUUAAUCCCAAAAGUCACCCUCAUGGUCACAACGGCUACUACGGAAUAGGUUCGGGGAUGAAAUUUCUUUCUAAUCCGCAUCCCAAUUACCCAGCAUCGAAUCAUUUGAAUUCGUACCCUGGACACAUUGGUGCUUACUCCGGUGGAAGGCAUGGAGGACCAGGAUUGCCUAGCCCAGCUGCUUUGACAAAUCACGGCAGCCAUGGAGGACCUGGUUUAAAUUACCCGGGAUCGCACGGGUUCAACGACGGACCUCGUUACUCUGGAUCGUCAGUUAAUUACUUAAGCAAUCACGGUAGUGGUCCGGGAAAUUUCAUCCAUGGAGGCGGACCUUCCUCUCCGGUUCAUCGCAAUAUACCCUCAUUUUUACUUGGUGCUGCUUCAAGCGUUAACCCGACAUUUGUCAAAAGUCCGUCUUCAUUUUUCUCGGGUUCAUUUGGUCCCAAAGUGGGAAACAAAUUCGUAAUUAUAAAAGACGCCGGUGGUGCUGGACCGAGUCAUUUGAUGCAUCCGGAGACAGGAGGAGGAUUUUCCGGAGGAAUGUUUGCUGGCGCUGGUGGUUACAAGGUGAGGAGUGCGGGGCCGUACUCUGCGGGAUCCACGAAUCAUUUUAACAGUGGGAACUAUCCAAGUCAUGCCGGUCACACUUCGUCGUUAGGAUACUCAGGUUCUGUUGGACAUCACCAUGCUCCUGCGGCAGCUUCUUCUGCGACUGGGUCUUAUUUUGGAUAUUGAUUUUGGUUAUAAAUU